AUGCCUAACAGUAAUAGCAGUAAACGUAGUCGCUCAGCAUCUGUUGAGAAUAUAACAUAUAAUGAAGCUCUAUCGAAGCGGUCUCGUAUUGACCAUAAAGAUAUGCACCAUCAUGACAACAGCCACACUAACAAUGAGAGUCUAUUGAACGAAUUAUCUGAAGUCUUAAAUACUAUUAAAUCGACACCAUCUUCGGGCGAGAUCUCUGCAGAAGUGAUGGAAACCUUCAAAAUAUUAUUACUAGAAAUAGAUCAAUUGAGCUCGGAUGAUGCAGAAGCAAGACGUAUGAAACAAGAAAGUGAAGAUUGCCUAGAAUCUUGGUUUGAUGACCUACUAGCUCGUUGUGAAGCUGAGGGCGAAUUGAAUCUUGAAGAUUUAGAUGCUUUCAUAAUUGAAAGCAGUGGGGACGAUGAAGACGGCGGAGAAAGCGAUGCUAUUGCAAUUGCUAUGGCAAGCGCUGCUGCUGACGAUGUUGAAGAUGAAGAAGAGGAUGAGCUCAUUAUUGUCGAUGACGAUUCUGAAGUUGGCGGGUCUCAAGUACUUGCCGUUUUAUAA